GCAGGUGAUGCUUUGCUAGUUUGUGUUUCGGCUUUGAAUCUGCUAUGUUCAAUGAAGUAAUGUCACGCAAUUUAGUUUGAUGGUGUGUGCAACGGGCAGUGGGCGUGAUCAAGUAGGGGUACUGAAGAGAUUGGCGUGAACUUUUCUGGAAUCACGCAUGCGCCAGUCGUUCGCUCGCACGAACCACCACAGGGCCAUCAUGGAGAGAAAAGUUUUGGCGCUCCAGGCAAGGAAGAAACGAUCUAAGAAGAAGUCCACCAAGAAGCCGCAGCAGAACACCAGAGGGGUGGCCCAGCUGCAGCAGGCUGAAGCCGCCAAUCAGGAACAGGAAGAAGAAAUCCUCGGUUCUGAUGAUGAAGAACAGGAGGACCCUAAUGACUACUGCAAAGGUGGAUAUCACCACGUGAAGAUUGGAGACCUUUACAACGGAAAGUACCAUGUGAUCCGCAAGCUGGGCUGGGGCCAUUUUUCCACAGUGUGGCUGGCGUGGGACAUCCAGGGGAAGCGGUUUGUGGCCAUGAAGGUGGUGAAGAGCGCUGAGCACUACACAGAGACGGCCCUGGACGAGAUCAAGCUCCUCAGAUCGGUGAGGGAAACAGACCCUGUGGACCCCAACAGAGAUAAAGUAGUUCAGCUGCUGGACGACUUCAAGAUCUCGGGGGUCAACGGAACCCACGUCUGCAUGGUGUUCGAAGUCCUAGGCCACCAUCUGCUCAAGUGGAUCAUCAAGUCCAACUACCAGGGCCUGCCACUGCCCUGUGUGAAGAGCAUAAUUCGACAGGUUCUGCAGGGGCUAGAUUACCUGCACUCCAAGUGUAACAUCAUCCACACAGACAUCAAGCCAGAGAACAUCCUGAUGAGCGUAAACGAGCCCUACGUCCGACGACUGGCUGCUGAGGCCACCGAGUGGCAAAAGGCAGGAGCCCCACCCCCCUCAGGCUCCUCAGUGAGCACAGCACCACCACCCAAACCGGUUGCAAAGAUGUCCAAGAACAAGAAGAAGAAGCUGAAGAAGAAGCAGAAGAGGCAGGCGGAGCUGCUGGAGAAGUGCAUCUUGGACCUGGAAGAGAUGGAGCGUUGCCCCGACGCCGCUGAGGAGGACGAGGACGACGAGGACGAUGACCCACAAUCCCCCAAAAGCCCUGUCUGCCGCCCACUCCGACAGGUCUCCCUGCAGGAGACAGCCUGUGAGGAGCAAGGAGAUGACGGUACCAAGCGUCUGUGCCCGGUGGAGACCAACUGUAACGGCUUAACGGCCAGCGGCUCCCCCAAUGGGCCAGAACCGGCGGAACCGCCGCUGGUGGUGGAGGAGGAGGCGGAACCGCUGGUGGAGCAGGCAGCACUGCGGCCAGAGUGGGAACUCGAGCAGGACCAGCACAACACUGACGCCAACACCGACACCAACGCCAGCACCGACACCAACACCGACACCAACGCCAGCACCGACCCGGACACAAACCCCGACCUGAACCAGAUCGCUCCUCUGGACCUGAACCUGGACCAGCCGCUGGCCCUCCCGGACUUCCAGUGCUACAACGGCAUGGAGUCCCCCGAACCGCAGGCCAACGGGGAGGGCAGCCAGGCUGGCUCCUCCCCCGUCAGCCCAUUGGAGGAGGGAGAGCUCAGGGUUCCCCGCCCACCCGGGAAGCAGGAAGGGGCUGGCGACGCCGACGACAACCUCAGGAACACUAAGAGAGUGGCAGGAGACUUGCUGGUGAAUCCUCUGGAGCCGCUCAACUCUGACAAGAUCAAGGUCAAGAUCGCCGACUUGGGCAACGCCUGCUGGGUGCACAAGCACUUUACAGAGGACAUCCAGACACGGCAGUAUCGUUCGCUAGAGGUGCUGAUUGGCUCCGGGUACAACACGCCCGCAGACAUAUGGAGCACUGCCUGCAUGGCUUUUGAACUGGCCACAGGGGACUAUCUGUUUGAACCUCAUUCAGGGGAAGAUUACUCUCGAGACGAAGACCACAUUGCGUUGAUCAUUGAGCUGCUAGGGCCAGUUCCUCGCAAACAGAUUUUGGCUGGGAAAUAUUCCAAGGAUUUUUUCACCAAGAAAGGUGACCUGAAGCACAUCACCAAGCUGAAGCCGUGGGGUCUGCUGGAGGUGCUGGUGGAUAAGUAUGAGUGGCAGCGCGAGGAGGCCGAGUGCUUCACUGAUUUCCUGCUGCCCAUGCUGGAUCUCAUCCCGGAGAAGAGGGCCACGGCCGCAGACUGCCUGCGCCACGCCUGGAUUGCCCCCUAGUGGCCCGCACCAAGAACUACACCCUCACCACCCCACAUAGCAGCCAACUUUGGACUACAUCUGGCCCUGUUCAAACGGACCUGUGCCAGAUCAGGGCCAAGUCAGGGCCGGUGUGUUCCAGAAGUCGCCUCUAUUGGGGGACGUUUACCCCGUCUUCCCUGAACUGUUUCACCUCUGAACCGACACCCAUGAAGAGGCCCAGCUGUGGAAUGCCUCCCCCACCCCUGGAUUGCCUCCUAGUGGCUGAUGCUGGGAAUUCCACCCUCUGGCCCACUCUGGGCAGCGGCUAAAACAUCAGAUUUGGCUCUGAUGAAGCAGAUCCGUCCCGGAUCUCCCCCCAGUUCUACUUCAGAGAUGGCUUCUUCCAGGGGUUGGGCCCCCAUCCCUACUCAUCUCCCCAACCCUGAUCUGACCCCCAUAAAAAGGGGCCUCGCUGUGGAGCUUCUGUGCCACCCCUUGGAUCGUUCUCAGGUGGCUGCAGUUGGCUCUGCCAUGUCUGACUACCACCCUGCUGUUCUCAGGCAGGCAGAGACAUGGGUGUGCUUCCCUCUUGUGGCCACAGCAGGGCUCUACACUCCGUUACGCCCAGCCCUCUCUGACCGUCUCUUCCUCUCCUGACCAGACCUUACCCAUACGAGAGACUGCAACAGAUCACUUUCCAAUUGGAGCAUAUCUGACAUCUACUUAUUUUUGUUUAUUUUCGUGCGUGUGUUUGCGUGUGUGACUGUGAGUGUGUGUGGUUUCUCGUUCUUUUUUUGCUGAGUGUGAUUAUUUUUGUUUUUUCUCUCUGUUUGUUUGUUUGGUUUUUGUAUUAUUUUUUUUUGUUGUGGUUGGAUGUGUCCCAAUUUCUUUUUUCCGUAGAUGGUUUGUACACUUCUCUCUGUCUCGUUACUGUUUUUCCUUGUUACCUUGUUUGUUUUUAACUCCAGAUAAAAUGGAUGGAUGAAUGAACUGUAGUCCGAGAAUCUCAUCUGUAUUCUAGUAUCUCUGAGGUGACGCCAGCGUUACGCUAGUCGACUCUUAGUAGGGUUUGAUUCAUCUCUAAGGGCAACUCCAGCGUUACUCUUAGUAGGGUUUGAUUCAUCUCUGAGGUGACUCCAGCGUUACGCUAGUCGACUCUUAGUAGGGUUUGAUUCAUCUCUGAGGUGACGCCAGCGUUACGCUCGUCGACUCUUAGUAGGGUUUGAUUCAUCUCUGAGGUGACGCCAGCGUUACGCUAGUCGACUCUUAGUAGGGUUUGAUUCAUCUCUGAGGUGACGCCAGCGUUACGCUAGUCGACUCUUAGUAGGGUUUGAUUCAUCUCUAAGGUGACGCCAGCGUUACUCUUAGUAGGGUUUGAUUCAUCUCUAAGGGCAACUCCAGCGUUACGCUAGUCGACUCUUAGUAGGGUUUGAUUCAUCUCUGAGGUUACGCUAGUCGACUCUUAGUAGGGUUUGAUUCAUUUCUAAGGGGCAACUCAAGCGUUACUCUUAGUAGGGUUUGAUUCAUCUCUAAGGGCAACUCCACCGUUACGCUAGUCGACUCUUAGUAGGGUUUGAUUCAUCUCUAAGGGGCAACUCAAGCGUUACCCUAGUCGACUCUUAGUAGGGUUUGAUUCAUUUCUGUUUGGGGUUCACACUCUGUUUAGUCUAGGAAAUAGGAAAAGGCAAAAAAAAAAAAAAAAAAAGAAAAGCAACUUUGUUACACAAAUAUUCUAGUAUUGGAAAUCUGCACAGCGACAGCACUGUGGGAGAGAGCUGAGUUCAUGGUUGUGACUUCCACUCAGAGACAGGACUGUGAUCGGUGAGGAAACCUGCAUUACUGUCUCUGUCUCCAGCGUCCCCGUCACCACCACCACCACCUGAUCAAUCAGUGUCACCUUUUCAUUUGUUUUGUUCAAUAGUGUGCGUUUGUGAAAGAAAGAUUGUCUUGCUGUUCGAAGCCAGUAGAUCAUUAUGUUCCACACACAGUUAGCUGUCAAACACCACAGAACGAAGAAAAAAAAGAACAUUGUGAAAAGUGUGUGUAUGUUUGUCUGUCUGUUUUGUGUGGGUGUGAGCACAUAUGAGUGUGUUGUCUGUGUCUGUAUAUAUCUGUACCAAAGAGUUUGCCUUGAUCUGUAUAUUGCAGCCAUGUACAGUUUUUAAGAAAUCAUACUAUUGUAUCUUAGCUAAGAUUAUUUAGCGGGAUAGUAAUGUUUUAAUAAAGCAUUUGGAAGACGUGUGCAAACUCAUUUGUCUGUGCAGUGCAUUUCUCCUCAGUGAACCCAGUUUAAUUAACCAGACAAGGCACUCUUUAAUCUCAAUUAAAUUUGUGUUAGAUGAAGUA